AUGGCGCCAAGGAAGAAGAACCCCGCCAUCAAAUCAAGCGGCACAACGUCGUCAAAAGCAUCCCCACUUCCAGAUUGGGUCAAAGGUGGCGGUCCAAAACCAUCUCGGUCCUACACCAAUUCACAGGCACAAGCAGAUGGUCCUGCCAGCAAAGAUGGUGCUGGUGGUAAUGGCGGUGGUGCAGCUGCUGCUUCUGCUUCUUCUGCUGCGUCUGGGCCGGCCCGCCGAGAGAUGCUCUUUCCGCCAGGUAGCAAGACUCCCCUUAACAUGCUCUAUGAGCGAAUCCAGAAGCUGCCAGGGUGGGAGACGCCCAUCGUCGAACCACGUCGACACAAACAAGGCUACAGCUGUGCAGUGACACUGAAAAAGGCCAACAAGAAGGACGCCUGCAACCCGUUCACCGUCGUCUUCGAACCCAAGGAACCCGCACUGAGACUCGAAUGCCAGUCGAACUUGGAAGCGAAGCAUUGGGGCGCAACGUAUGCCCUCUUUCGCAUCUUCAACCAUCUCCCCCUCAACCUUGCCCUUCCACCAGGUCCAAGGGAGUACUGGCUUAAGAUGGAGGCCUACAAGAACGAGGCACCGAGCCAUCAGGAUUGGAUGUGGCAAUCGGAUCCCUUUCAGGCUGCAGCAAAGAGGGAGGCCGAGAAAGCAAGCAAGGAGCGAGAUCGACAAGCUGCUGCUGAUGCUGCUGGUCGAGGCGAGGUGGCGCUUCUCAAUGGCAAGCUCAAUGGUGCCGGUAAACCGUUGAGCAAAGCCUGGCAGGAAGCUGCCGAGGUUCGAUUGGCGAGUGAGUUGCGUGAAAAGAUCGAAGCUACCAUUCGUCGAGCGAUGAGCGUCUUCCCCUCUGCCAGCACCGCUCCUCUUGACUUGAUCGAAGAGGAUCAAGACCCGGAAACGCACAAGGCUCGAGCAAAGAUCGAUGCAGCCGGCUUGGAGAAGGAGCUCACCUCGUACGGCUUCAGACCUGGACACGCCCGCAGUGCCAUCUCUUGGCUCACGUCUGCACGGACAGCACUUGCCAAUCCCUCUUCAUCGUCCGCUUCUCUUGUCGACCCAAUGCUUGCUUCUGCAGCCAAUCUUGCCGACCGUGAAGCUGCUCUCGAGUACCUCAUGCUCUACACACCAGAGGAGGAUUUGCCAGCGAGAUUCAAGCCAAGCACCUCCUCCCAAAGCUUUGUCACCGCAUCCAUAGCCGGUGCACAAGGCGAUGCGCUGGCGAUCGGAUGGGCGGUGGAUAAGCUAUCCAAGCAAGCAGGCUUCCCACGGCACGCUCUACACCUCGUCUUCAGGCGCAUCGCCGCCGCCGAGCUGCCAAGGACCGUCAAGGAGGGCGUUGCACUAGAGAUGCUGCUUCGACAGAUGCUUGGAUGCGAUUCGCUCGAGCAACAGGAGCAAGAGUGGACAUCCCAAGCUUUGCUAGAUGCCGUUCUAGCUUUCCCUGACGCAGUCGAUCAGGCGGAUAGGGACGAGAUGGCAGCAAAACGUGCUGACGAGCGUAUGGCCGUCGAAGCGGUGCUGGGAGAUGAUCGAGUAGCAGUGCCAUCCGAGCACGAGAGGUUGCAUGCCCAAGACUACGACAUUCGCAUCGCAGGACCAGGAACGCCAGUAGGCGGCAAGGAAGACGUUCGUCUGCGCAUCUCGACGCAUCCACACGCUCUAUACCCUGUCGCACGCCAGAAGGUCGACGUGUUUGCACUGCCUGCAUUCUUUGUUGUUUCCAACACGCUGCCCUCGUAUCUCAAGCUGGCACUGACUCAACACCUGCUUCGUGCGUUCCAGGGCGACAACAAGAGGUCCGACUGGUUCGACGCUGUAGAAGCAGGCGAUGGCGGUGUAGUGUUGGGUUUGGUAGAGGAGCUCGAGACAAUGUGGACCAAGAUCGUCGACGACCCGCCUCUGCUCGACAGCGUCAUGCGAUUCCUGGUUGCCCACGAGCAGAAUGAUGGCCGUGUGCAAGCUACACCGGAGACCUCUCGCGCUGCCACACCAACUGGUCAUCGCAACACUGGCGGCAACCAGCGUAGAGGCGGUGGCAGCAAGCCAUUGAAACGCAUCCCGCAGAUCGACUCGCUGCUUCAACGCCAACAGAAGGAGCUGCACAGCUCACCGAGCUAUUCCAAGAUGGAUGCCAUUCGACAAUCUCUUCCUGCUGCUUCAGCCGCCAAACACAUUCUGGAGCUGAUCCGGAGCAACCGUGUGGUGAUCAUCGCCGGUGAGACUGGAUGUGGUAAGACAACGCAGGUACCGCAAUUCAUUCUCGACGAGGCGAUCCAAGCAGGCGCUGGUAGCGAGUGCAACAUUGUCGUCACGCAGCCUCGUCGAGUCAGUGCUAUUGGUGUCGCAUCGCGUGUUGCCCUGGAGCGCGGUGAGCACCUGGACGGCAACAAGAAGCCAGUCGCCUCUGGCAGCUUGGUGGGAUACGCAAUCCGUGGAGAACGUCGAGCCUCAAGAGAAUGCAGGCUGCUGUUCACCACGACGGGAGUCUUGCUACGCAGGCUGGGUGCAGGAGGUGACACUGACUUGAACGGCAUCUCGCACGUCGUGGUGGAUGAGGUGCACGAGCGCAGCGUCGAUUCGGACUUUCUUCUGCUCGAGCUUCGCGAGCUGCUGAAGCGCAACAGCAAGAUCAAGGUGGUGCUGAUGAGUGCCACGAUCAACCAAGAGACGUUUGCGAGCUACUUUGGAGAAGCACCAUGUAUCUCGAUCCCAGGUCGCACUUUCCCGGUCGAGGACUACUACCUCGAAGACAUUAUCAAGCAAAGUGGCUUCCGACCUUCGGGCAACGAGUUGCGAUAUGGCGCCAGGGGCGGUAAGCAGAUGGAGCAAGAGAUGGAAAAACUCAGAGCGCACCUUCAGUCGCAGGGUGUAGACGAUGAGACGAUCAAGACGGUCGAGAGCAUCUCUCGUUCAGGCGGUAGGAUGAGCUACGAACUCGUCGGCGCUGUGGUGCGAUACGUUGUCCAACGAGCAGAGAACCAAGAGCUCAGGGGAGCAGCCGAUGCCAGCGUAGGUGGAGCCAUCCUUGUUUUCUGCCCCGGUGUCGGUGAGAUUCGACUUGCGAUCGAUGCGAUCUCUACUUUGUUGCGUGGACAGAGCAAGGUCGAGAUUCUGGCGCUGUAUGCCAAUCUGUCGCCGGACGAACAGCGGAGGGUGUUCGAACCGGUGCGCGCAGGCUACCGCAAGAUUGUCGUAUCGACCAAUAUCGCCGAGACAUCGAUCACCAUUGCGGAUGUGUCGUAUGUUGUGGACACUGGCCGCGUCAAGGAGACACGCUUCGAGCCGGAGAGUGGAUUGACGAGCUUGGUGGAAUGCUGGGCUUCUCGGGCAGCAUGCAAGCAGCGAGGUGGUCGUGCUGGUCGUGUUAGAGCAGGAGAAUGCUUCCGACUGUACUCGAGCUUUGUCUACGAAACCAAGAUGGCAGCGCAACAGACGCCCGAAAUGCGUCGGGUGCCACUCGAGUCGUUGUUCUUGCAAGUCAAGUCGAUGCGAGAGGAGGAAGAGGUGAGGGAAUACCUGAACAAGGCGCUAGAUCCGCCCAGCCUGGCAUCGAUGGAUGCUGCGCUGAGCAACUUGAUCGAAGCCGGUGCCUUGCAGGGCGACAAGGGCUACAAGAGCCGAUUGACAUCGCUGGGCAGACACUUGGCACAGCUGCCAUUGCAUCUUGCACUGGCCAAGCUGCUGAUCAUGGGAAGCAUCUUUGGCUGCUUGGGGCCGAUGUUGACGGUGGCAAGCAUCAUGUCUUGCAAGCCACUCUUCUCGGCACCAUUCGAGAAGAGGGAAGAGUUGAGCAAAGCGAGAGCAAGCUUUGCAGUGGCUGGGUGCAGGAGCGAUCUGCUCGCCGAUGCUGCUGCUUUCCAAGAGUGGCAGACGAUGCGAGCUGAACGUCGAGCCAAUCACGAGGUUCGAGACUGGGCUGAAAGCCACUUUAUCUCGCAGUCGACGCUGAGAGACAUGCAGACGAAUCGACUGGACUUGCUUUCGCAUCUGCAAGAGAUGGGAUUCGUUGCCGACAGCUACAGCGCGUUUGGCGUCUAUGAUGACCAGGUGUACGACAGGAAUGCGCAGCAUACCGGUCUGCUGCGAUCGGUCAUCUUGGCAGGACUGUGGCCAUCGGUCGUUCGAAUCGACCAGCCUUGCGCCAAAUUCGACCAGGGCUCCAGUGGUACGGUGCAGAGAGAGGCAGAAGCGAGACAGGUCAAGUACUUUGAUCGCAACGGUCGCGUGUUCCUACAUCCCUCAUCGACACUGUUCAGCUGUAAAGGAUUCCAAUCGUCCUACCUGACGACGUUCAGCAAGAGCGCAACGGGGGCAGCCAGCGACUCGAAGGUAUACCUGCGGGAUGCCACCGAGGUGCCGCUGUUCGGAUUGCUGCUGUUCGGCGGCAAACUCAAGAUCAACCACUUUGCUGGUGGCAUCGCUAUUGGAUCCAAUCAGACGAUGCAAAAGGGCAGCAAAGACGAGAAUUGGGUGAGAUUGCGCGCAAACGCGAGGAUCGGUGUGCUAUGUGCUCAGUUGCGACGACUGCUCGACGCUGUCCUCGACCACGCCAUCGACCAUCCUCAAGACAUGUUUGCUGCUCCGGGCUGCAAAGAAGUGUUGCAAGUGAUCGGACAAGUGCUGCAACGCGAUGGAAUUGCGGCCUGA